GGGAGGGGGGGCUCUUGCGCUUCUCUCAUAUUGCUCGAAAGGCCGGUUCGCUGUGAUGCUCCUCACUUGGGAGGGAGGAAAAUAGAAGGCAGCUCAUGAGGGGCUGGCGAGAGGCUUCGCGGUAAGGUGUCCGGACUCUGCUAUGGAGAAUAAGCUUUAUGUGACUUUUCUUUUCAUAUACUUGUUUUCUGAAGCUCGCCACCAUGGCUUGGAAUCAACCACUAUUUCACAUACUACGGAGAACCUUAUACCUGAGAAGGCAGCUGGUAUCAAUGUUGAUUUGGCCACGCUUAUGCAGAGACAUCACCUUCAGGAACUCUUCUCUCGUUAUGGGGAGAACAAUACGUUGACUAUAGAAGGGUUUAGAAAACUUCUACGUAGUAUGGGCAUUGAGAAGGUGAAAAGAAUUUCCCAAGAUCAUGAGCACCACCGCCACCACCAUAAUCAUGUUACCCUCAGUACAAAUUCUGAGAAAAUAGGUUGCCCUAGUGACGAACCUGUCGGUGGAAGCAAAAAUCAUUUGAAUAAUUGGGCAAAGGAUUUAUCUAGCAAACAGAAUACAGAACACCAGCAGGGCUCUGUGAAUAGCAAGAGUACAACGGUUGCUAUAGCUGCAUCCACCUACACCACGACCACAGAAGGCAAUCCUUUGAUACAGCAUUCAGAAACUGCAGAAUUGAAGUCUACACGUAUAGCCCUUGCCAGCCCUAAUCCUAACAUUGUUCUAGAAAGCAGCAAUGUGAGUUCACUUGUAAAUGGAAAAACAAAUGAAUCGCUUGUUUUCGUGAGGGAAUCAGAAAGAGGAAGUUACAUGUAUUCGAAAAUAAGAAAAAUUUCACAAGAGUGCUUCAAUGCUUCAAAACUGAUGCUUUCUCAUGGAAUAAGUACAAGAGUUCCAUUGACAGCCACAGAAUUUAGCUAUAUUUGCCCUGCUAUCGUUAACCAGAUUGAUGGCAGAUAUUGUGUAAUUCAUGCAACAAGUGAAAAGACAGAAACUGCUCCAAAAACUUAUUCAUUGCAAGUAGCUUGGAUUGGUGGAUUUAUAUCCAUUUCUAUCAUCAGUUUCCUUUCGUUACUGGGUGUUAUACUGGUCCCUCUUAUGAAUCGUGUAUUUUUCAAGUUCCUUCUAAGUUUCCUUGUAGCAUUAGCAGUUGGUACCCUAAGUGGAGACGCUCUUUUACAUCUUCUUCCACAUUCUCAUGGAAGUCAUCAUCAUCAUCAUGAAAAGCCAUUAUUGGACCACAAUAAAGACCACACUUUUAAGCAUCUUGUUCUUCAAAGUGCAGAAGACAGUGCUAACUUGGAUUCUACGUGGAAGGGCCUCACAGCCCUUGGUGGAUUAUAUUUUAUGUUUCUUGUUGAGCACCUGAUCACACUAAUUAAACAGUUUAAAGACAAGAAGAAAAAGAAAAAAAAUGAAGACGAUGAAACAGAAAUCAAGAAGCAACUAUCUAAAUAUGACUCUCAGCUUUCAGCAAAUGAAGAAAAAAUAGACACAGAUGAUAGGCCAGAAGCUUACUUGGGGACACAUUCACAAGAGCCUUCGAACUUCAUCUCCCAGAAGCCAGUAGUACAAGAAGAAGAAGAAGUUAUGAUAGCUCACCAUGAGCCUGCUGACCAUGAAUAUGCAUCCAGGGGGUGUAGAAAUAAAUGCCAUUCACAUUUACAUGACACCCUAGGACAGUCGGAUCAUCUGAGUCAUCAUCACCAUGAUUACCAUCAUAUUUUGCAUCACCACCACCAUCAGAACCAUCAUCCGCAUAGCCAUAGCCAGCGCUACUCACGUGAAGAACUGAAAGAUGCUGGUAUAGCUACUCUAGCCUGGAUGGUAAUUAUGGGUGAUGGACUACAUAACUUCAGUGAUGGCCUUGCAAUUGGGGCUGCUUUUACUGAAGGUUUAUCUAGUGGUUUAAGUACUUCGGUUGCAGUCUUUUGUCAUGAGCUGCCACAUGAACUGGGAGAUUUUGCUGUACUUCUCAAAGCUGGCAUGACUGUCAAACAAGCUGUUCUUUAUAACGCGCUUUCAGCUAUGCUGGCCUAUCUUGGAAUGGCUACUGGGAUACUCAUUGGCCACUAUGCAGACAAUGUAUCUAUGUGGAUCUUUGCACUUACGGCUGGGCUGUUUAUGUACGUGGCCCUUGUUGAUAUGGUGCCUGAAAUGCUCCACAAUGACGCUAGUGAUCAUGGAUGUAGUCGCUGGGGGUAUUUCCUGUUACAGAAUGCUGGGGUUUUGUUAGGUUUUGGUAUUAUGCUACUUAUCUCUGUGUUUGAACAUAAAAUUGUGUUCAGCAUAAACUUGUAAUUUUUAUUAUUUUUUACAUUCCUGAUACUGACAUGGUAUUGAAAACUAACUGUGGGCACUUUUUACCUCUUAAUUGCCUCCUGAUUAGGCCUUUUUAGUAGUGUUAACUGCUUGCAUACAUGGCAAGAAUAUAGUAUGUAAAAAAGGUUAAAUAAAGGUACCUUUACCAAUAUAGUAUGUAGCACUAUGGGGAAACUGGCAUAAUAAAUAGCACACUUUGCCAAAUAUAGUCAAAGCUAAAUCUGUAUGGGAAGUGUUUUUUAUUAUUUUGAAAAGUUAUUUAAUAUUGUAAGGAUACCUAAUAGCAUGCAAUGUGAGGUUUUGUCUUAGUCUUGUAUAUGUUAACAAAGUGAAAAGAUUAAAUAUUUGGCUUACCAUUAAAAUUA